AUGCAGCGUACCUAUAUCAAGAUGGAUGUCUUGACCUUUGCCAUAGUCAACAGGCCUCUCGCUAUUCUCAACAUAUUGGCCAACUUGUUUUUUGCUUUUUGUCUGUUCUGUUCUGUCCACCGCGAGGCAGAGAGAGACUGAAACAACCUGUAAAGAUACUCCUGGGAUUCUUGGUUUGCUGCACCACUGUUUACCUGGCAGUGUUGGGAAAUAAUGAACUACAUGUUAGUAAUUAAACUACAUAUUGCAGUAGCUUGGUAGUAGUUGAACAAAAUUCCAAUCUUGGUAGUGUUUUCUGUAGUUAAUAACUUUUUUUUGCCAUGUAGCGGUGUAGCUAACUGCUGGAACUACACCGCUACUUUUUUUGCAAAAGGAAAAUAUGGGUGAAGUAAGCAAGAAUUUCCUUUUAGACCUGCCUAAUUUUAAAACUUGAAACAUCAUUUUUGUGUUUAAUCGGAUAAAUUACACAUUCUGUUAACAUCUGAGUACAGAGUGAUCUGUUCUUGCAAUUUGUAUUCUAUGACAUUUCAGAUUUAGAUAUGAGAAAUUUUUCAUGAAGUAGUUUGGAUGUAGUGAAAUACUUUUUCAAAGUAACUUUAGUUAAGUAAACUAUAUUUUUCUUAAGUGUAGCUUUAGUGUAUUAUAACUUCUUCCAGUGUGAAGUCAUUUGUAGCUUGGUAAACUAUAUUUUCAGAGUAGCUUCACUUAUUGCAGUGAAAUGUUUGUGGCGAUUAAUCUUCACUGAACAUCCGGAGCUCUGCUUUGCUGCUUCUCUGAUAGUGGGGUACACUUUAUCCACCCGCAUGUCAACCUCUGUUUGGCAGAUUUUUUUCUACUACACCCAGAUCGUCCCAGCCCAACGAGCUCUCUUCAUCUGGGUGAAGAGGAACAUCAAAAUCAUCAUCUACUAG